CUCCGAAUGUCAUGGUCUAGACCACACGCGAGACCAGCAUAAACUGCAGCGUAAGUUGUAGCAGGCUGCUCCAUCCGGGGCUCUCAGCAGCAGCAGGCCCAUCCUUCGCGAUUCCUCUGGUUAGGCCGUAUCCUUGGAUUACUGGUUACAUUCUUCUGGGAAUUUCCAUCUCCAGCUGGUUAUUUUCGUCGCGAAUCGCGAUGGGGACUAGCAGGAAGAAAUCGCACGAGAAAUUGCCAUUCGGCGAGCCGCCGAAGCAGCCAGACGAGCCGUUUAAUCCGUUCAUCAACCACAGCGCGCCGAUCGACUCCCCCUACGAGAUCGUGAAGCUGACGCUGAUGUUCCCCGUGUUCGUCGUCCGCGCCGUCUUCAUGCUCGCCUGCUUCCUGCUCGGUUACGUCUUCGCGCGAAUCGCGCUGAUUGGCGCGAAGAACAUCAACACGAAGCCCUUCCCCAAGUGGCGGAGGAAUCUCCUGUGGCCCGUUAGCAUUCUGACACGUGGCGUUCUCUUCGCGUGCGGUUACAACUGGAUCGAGGUCAAAGGCAAGCCCGCCUCGAGGUCCGAGGCACCCAUCCUCGUGUGUAACCAUGUAACGUUUGUGGACCCGGUGUACCUGUUCAUGGAGCACCUGCCGAUGAUCAUCACGGCUAAGGAGAACAUGAACAUCUUUGUGGCGGGGACAAUCAUGAAGGCGCUGCAGGUGAUCACUGUGGACCGUGCCUCGCCAACGUCCCGCAAGGAAGCCGGUUACGAGAUCAAGAAGCGCGCCAUGUGCAACGACUGGGCGCGCGUGCUGCUCUUCCCCGAGGCCACCACCACCAACGGCCGCUCCCUCGUGUCCUUCAAGACCGGGGCGUUCGUCCCGGGGCUGCCCGUGCAGCCGGUGGUGGUGACGUACCCGUACACGUCGUUCGACCCCUGCUGGGUUGCUGAAGGAUUGCCGGACAUGCAGCUUCUUUGGAGGCUCAUGUCCCAGCCGCACAACAGGAUGCGGGUGGAGUACCUGCCAGUGAUGGCCCCAACGGACGAGGAGAAGAAAGACGCGCGCAAAUUCGCUGAGCGGGUCCGGCUGGCCAUGGCUCGCCGCCUCAACCUCUCCCUCACGGACCACUCCUUUGGGAACGUGCUGCUGGCGCUGGAGGCGCGCAAGCUGAAGCUGCCUGCCGGGACGGCGAAUGUGGAGUUUGGGCGGCUGGAGCAGCUUUUUAGGGUGGAUGUGAAGGAGGCGAAGCAGUACUUGAGACGCUUCAAGGACAUGGACGUUGGGCACUGUGGCACAGUGAGCUAUCCCGGGUUCCUAUCAGCCCUGGGCUUGCCGGACUCAGAGGCGGCUCACACGCUCUUUGAUUUCCUGGACACCAACGAGCGCGGCACCGUCAACUUCCGAGAGUUCCUAGCAGGCCUGGUCUUUGUGUCCCGCCACCCUCACUUCCACGACUCGGUGGAGAAGGCGUUCAAGCGGUUGGAUCUGGAUGACGAUGGACGGCUGACAGCGCACGAGGCCAAGGAGGGCAUGCGGGAGCUCUUCCCCACUAUUACGGACGAGCAGCUGACUAAGCUAUGCGAGCUCCUAGGGCUCAACAGCAAGACCUCUCUCUCCUGGGAUGAGUUUGAGCAUUUUCUCAAGACCCACCCGGAAUAUCUGGUGGCGAUUCUGGCUGCGGAAUUGGGUGAUGCUAAGGCAGAAGACGAGUGCAGUGAAGUGUCAUUUGAUGAGCCGAAGAAGAUGAAGUAGACUAGGACGGUUCCAACCACAUUGCUCGUUGCGUAAAAUUAGAAGCUGUGUCAUCUUGUAAUCUUUUGAUAUUUUAUUUUGCAGUUAGUAGCGUGGUUGGUGAAAUGUGACACAAAUUUACGCUUCUGGUUGGAGUGAUAACAUCAUAUCGCCCUAGAUUGCCACUUGUUUCCUGAAGUG